AUGGCAUUCCACAUCAUCGAACAACUCGAAGGUAACAAGGACAAGGACAAAGACAAGAACGAGGACCAUCAGUCUCGGACUCGGUCGCGGUCACGCUCCUCGUCAAGUGCCACUCUUCCUCCGAGCCUGCAGAAACUCAUCGACAAGGCCGAGGAGGAGCAGUGCAUAUAUGAAGACUCGUGGACGAGGAGGGAUAGAAUAGCAAUUCCAUCUUCUUCCACCAUUGACGUCGAGCAGAAAGCAGACACAACCGUGACCAUGACCAAUGCCGACAAAAAGGAGGUCAAGAAGGCGUCGUCGAGUCCAAAGUCUUGA